UGAAUCCAUUCGCAGCCCUAUCAGCAAACAUCGAUCAUCUCUACAAUGCACUUUCCAACUCCACCUCUCUCCUUCGUCUCUCUUCCUCUCCUUCCUUUUCCCAUCUCUCCCUUCUCUCCUCCCCCUUCUCUUCCCUCCAGUCCAACUUUCACCCAAGCUUCAUGAUCCUGUCCACUUCAGGAGGAGACAGUGAGAGCUCCUCUUCGCUGUGCUCCUGCUACGCUCCCAUCACAGUGCACAACAACAAGAGCGGUGAUGGGAGGGAGAGCAAGAAGGCCCCCUCCCCUGUCAAUGUCCAUGGCAUUGGUCCUGUCGGCCAACAACUGCCCCCUCCUCCUCUUCCUUCUCCUUUGAAGAGCAACCUCAAGAAGCCAAUCAGAGUGGAAGAACAACAGCAGCAGGAGGAGGAGGAGGAGGAGGAUGUGAUGGUGAGGGAUGGGAGAAGGAAAGUCAGCUGGCCUGAUGCCCAUGGCAGAGACCUUGCUCAUGUCCAAGUGUUCCAUUCAAGUGUGUUGGAGGAAGGGGAAUUUGCAGUGGCAGGGAAAUCCUGCAUUUGCAGCAUUCAGUGAUGGGGGUUGUUGCUCUAGAGGUCAUAGGUGUCGGGCGCGGUGCUCCUAGGCGUCCCACGUGGGCGCGUUACCUGGUCCGCGUUACUUCUUCGGCAGUUGGCCUGCAGUCUUUACGUAUCGUGCUCUGCUUUGUCUCUCAUCUCCGCUCGCCUGGUCGUCAACCCUAACCAUGAUGGCGGUGAAAUCCAUUCUCCAGGUGCAAUUUGCCGAUUUGGCGCCCAAGAUGGCAUUUUUAUGAGAUGGAAGCUGAGUUCUGCACAGGUCAUACACCUUGUCCAUCUCAGGAAGAAAGUGGAGAAGAACUCUCAGUGCUUCCUAGACACACUAAAGUCAUCAUUACUGGUAACAAUAGGACAAAGUCAGUUUUGGUUGGGCUGCAAGGAGUUGUCAAGAAGGCUGUUGGAUUUGGUGGUUGGCAUUGGCUGGUUCUGAAGAAUGGGGUGGAAGUAAAGCUUCAAAGAAACGCUUUGAGCGUUUUAGAAACACCAACCGGAGAUGAGGAUGAAGCUGAAAUAGUCUACACCAGUUUCUACAGCACCUCUGAUGUGGGGGCUAAAGAGAUUGGUUGCACUAGCUCAAGAAAGCUAGGGGUUCAACACACCAGGCCAUCAAUAUCUUGUGGCGAAUUUAAUGAUCGGAGUUGCUACGAUGACACUCAAUCCCAUGGAUAUAAGACUCGAACGAGAGUAAAUUUGUCAAGACUCGGGACAACUACCCUGUGGAGAUACUGGAGGCACUUCGAUCUGUUCAAAAUGGUGCAGGUGAGUGUCAACCCAAACCCAACGAAGGAACAAAUGGUUCAUGGAGUGCAGUGUCAUUUCCUAUCUCAGAAGCAACUGGAUGAGAUGCAGGUGAUCGAGAGCUUCAUUCAUGCAGCAAAGAGAUUGAAGUCUGAAGACUCUCCACUCCUAGAAAUAGAGUGAUUGCAAAUCAAUGUGGUCCUCAGUCAAUGCAAGAAAGAGUGAGGACUCACCUCUCGGUCGAUGCGUUCAAUAGAUGCUGGUUGAGCGGAAGGUUUCAGAAUCGAAGAUAUAUUUAUGCUAAAUAUAGCAAAGAAGAUUGUUAGUAUUUUUGAUGCAAAAUGUUCCCCAAUCGGGUUGAAAGUUUUAAAUGAAAUGGCACUGAAAGUAUGUAUCACUCAUUGUGUCAAAGUUGAACCGGCUGAAAGUUUUAAAUGAAAUGACACUGAAAGUAUGUAUUGCGCAC